AGUCAGCGUCCUUGAACAGCAAUCGAAUCCUUCUAAGGUUUCGGAUCCAUCCGAAGUCUAAUUGACUAUUGAAGUCGCCAUGCAGCACCUAGGAUAACCAAGAACUCUAUCUCACCAAAUCGAAAGCUUCAUCACCAUGCCAAACGGUACUCUCAGUCUAUCAAACGAUGGCAUCCCGACGUUCUCGCCACCUUAUCCAAGCGGCAAAAAUGUAUUUGAGGAUAUGAAAUCUGUUUUGAUUCAAUAUCGCGUCGCUGCAUCUGACAUACGCCAUCUCAUUCCCGAUGUUCUGGAGAUCGAAGACGAACCACUCAUGACCUGUGUCUUCAUUCAUUAUGGAACAAGUUCUGUUGGGUCAUACGAGGAAUAUGUCCUACAGGCAGAGGUCACCUUCAGAGGCCAACAAUACAACUACAACAUCGCCCUUAUCCUCGACAACGAGUCUGCAAUCUUUGCAGGCCGAGAAGUUUUUGGAUAUCCAAAGGUUUUCGGCAAAGUGCAUCUCCAAACAGCUACUGGAACGCGCUUGAUUCAGGGGACGGUGGAACGACCCGUAGGAACGCCAAUUGUGCAAUUCGAGUUCGUGCCAGAAGCAAAGGUCGAAAGUCUCCCGAAAUCGGACAGAUGGCAAUUGAACCUACGAAGCAUUCCUUCUCCAGUGCCUGCGAAAUCCGCGCCAAUCAGGGAACUGGUGCCUAUUUUCAUGGAGAUGCAUGUCAAGUCUGCUUGGAUUGGUAAAGGCAGCGUUCGCUUCAUGUCUGGGUCUUUGUUACACCCUUGGGCUGAUAUGAAAAUUCUGCGAUAUGAAGGAGCUUCCUUUACACAGAUUUCACACGCAGAGCUACGUACGGGUAGCGAGGUUUUCCCGCUCUGA